AUGUCUUCAAAUGUCCAAAACUCAACCCCAUCACCAACAACAUAUGCCUCACCACCAGUAGCAAUAAUCUUCACUAUCAUCCUUGUUUUAAUUUUCUUCAUAGGUUUUUCAUCUAUUUUCUUUUGUAGAUGUUUCAUCCAAAAUCUAUUAUACACAUGGCAUUUAAGAAAUAGCCCUAAUGGUACUCCAAUUGAUCCUAGGGUUUCAGCAAAUGGACAAUUAGGUCUUGAUCCUUCUAUUAUUAAAUCAUUUCCAACAUUUACCUAUUCAAGUGUAAAAGAUUAUCGUAAAGAAUCUUGUGGUCUUGAAUGUGCUAUUUGUCUGGUUGAAUUCGACAACGAUAGCGUCCUCCGCCUCGUUACCUCAUGUAACCAUGUUUACCAUCAAGAUUGUAUCGAUCUAUGGCUCGAAUCACACAAGACAUGCCCCGUGUGUCGCGCGAACCUAGACUCGCCCGAGGUGCUAAAGAAAAGGUCACAAUAUACAUCAUAUGUGACGAGUAAUAAUAAUAGUAAUAGUAAUAGUAAUAGUAAUAGUAACAGUAAUAGUAAUAGUAACAAUAACAAUAACAAUAAUAAUAGCAAUAACAACAAUGUCAUGCGUGACAUUAAUGAGAACGAAUCGUUAGAAGAUUCUUUGAGCAUUGCAAUUCCAGACGAUUAUAACAACGAUGGUGAUCAUAAAGAAGAACAGGAAAGUGGAUGCGCUAGUGCAACAUUAGAACGUGUGGAAUUACAAGAUGAAGAAGCGAAAUUUUCGAGAUCGCAUUCAACGGGGCAUUCGAUAGAUAGAUCUAGAGGAGCUGAAGAUAGGUUUACAUUGAAAUUACCAGAACAUGUGAGGGCAAAAAUUAUAAAGGGACAUAAUUCAACAAAAAGUUGUACUUCUUUUGGUGAAUACAAAAGCAAAACAACUACUGGAAAUGCUGGUUUUGGUGAAGUUUCAGAGUCAUACACAGUAGAUAUCAAUAAAUUAAUAUAA